AUUUUAAGUAAUUAUUGUUGUAAUUAAAAGCAACAAUCGAAAUGAAUAAAGAUACGACAAUUAUUAUUUUUACUUACGAGAACUUGUAUUUUUUAUUUAUUUGGUCAAAUAAUUAAUGUCUUAAAAAAUUAAUCAUUGAUACGAACAAAUGUAAAUAUUUUACAUUAUCUUUUUUCAUAAUAAUUUGUGCCACAAUUCUCCGCGGCCGCGCCCUGAGCUGCGGUCAAAGCCGCCCUUGUGCCCGAACUCGCGCUGUCAGGUGUGGUUGCGCCCAUGCCUUGUGGCACGUCGGCGCACUGCUGCCGACGGUCACGCCGUCUCCAUCUGAUCCGGUUUUAUGGAUGAGAUGGGUCUCAUGGGAGACCGAGUCAAAUAAAUUAAUUUGAUUUAGUUGAUAAGCAUAUUUAUAUAUGUUGAAUAUCCAAGCAUUAGGUGCCGUGUAUAUCUAAAGCGAUAAAGUCCGUAGUGAUAGUGAGUGGAUUUCCAUUGUCUCAGAAGCCGCCAAAACUAGUAAAGAAAAAGUCAGUGGCUAAGCCGUUGAUGUUGAUGAUGAUGAAUAUGUUAUGCCGUGUCCAUAUAUUUAACUCGAGUCUUUGGCAUCAGAAUAUUUAAUUUCAGCAAUUUUGAGCAGCUACCAAAUCUAACUAAACUAUUGGGGGGCAAAAAUGGAGAUUUUGAGAGAUGAGAUUCCUGUAGAGGAGGAGUCAGUGUUGAUAUCUGAUGAGUGCAAGGCUGGUUUGGUUCUUGUAGACAUCAUCAAUGGCUUCUGCACCGUCGGAGCUGGCAACCUAGCGCCAAGGGAAGCCAACACGCAGAUAUCGGAGAUGAUUGAAGAAUCAGCAAAUGUUGCCAAAGUGUUUUGUGAGAAAAAAUGGCCUGUGCUUGCUUUCCUUGAUUCACACCAUCCUGCCAAACUGGAGCACCCUUAUCCUUCACACUGUAUCAGCGGCACCCAUGAAUCCAACCUCGUCCCUCGUCUGAGAUGGAUCGAAGAAGAGCCAAACGUGACGAUUAAGCGCAAAGAUUGCUACGACGGCUUCGUGGGUUCGAUCCAGGAGGAUGGUUCCAAUACCUUUGUUGAUUGGGUCAAGAAGAACAAGAUACAACUUUUGGUGGUGGUAGGCAUCUGCACAGACAUCUGCGUGUUGGACUUUGUAUGCUCCACAAUAUCAGCUAAGAACCACGGCCUCCUCCACCCUCUAAACGACGUUGUUGUCUACUCCAAAGCAUGUGCUACCUUCGAUUUCCCUGCUUCUCAGGCUGCAAACUCCAAACACCUUCAACCUCACCCUCAGGAGCUGAUGCAUCAUAUAGGGCUUUACAUGGCCAAAGGGAGAGGCGCCAAGAUCGCCACACAACUUACCUUUCAUCACUGAACUCCAUGUUAUAUAAUAUAUACUGUGUGCAGUGUGCUGUGCAAUCUCUACUAAACAAAACACAUGUACCUCUAUCAAAUAAAAAUGCUCAUGCUUUCAUCGACUUCACAACAAAA